GCCGCAACGCAGUCGCAACCAAGGCCAGCCCCGUAAGGAGCACUGGAGCCAAUGGCCCUUCUGAGUUGGGUUGUACUGGGACAACAGGGACAGGCCUUGUCCCCAUGUGUUGAUCAGUUAUUUUAUACAUUCCCCCUGCCCCUAGACCUGAAGGAGGGGGUGAGGCAGGUUUUUUUCAGCUGAGAUAAUCCCCCAGACAGGUGCUAAGGGCUGUUCCAGGCAGCUCUUCCAGCUAUAGCAGAAUAAUCUGGGGGGACAUCACCUGCCCCGGCCCCUCCCUGUCUCCAGCUUGUCAUCUGCACGUACCUGGCCCAGACUCACAUCACAUCACCAUACUGUGAGGAUGUGUGUUAAUAUCCGUCAGAGGUCCUGUUGGACACUGUCGUGUUUGAUUCUCCCACAUGCCCUGUGGACUGAAUAUUAUUAGCGUCCCCCUUGAUAGAAGAUGGGCACCAGUGCUCAGAGAGUUGAGAGACUGGCUCAAGGGUGUACAUCCAACAAGGGGCGAAGUGGAGACUCCAAAACCCCAGCCUGCCGAGCCCAGCUGGAGCGCUCCUUGCGCCAGGUCCUGGUUCUCUCCCAUGUCCCCUACCCCCUCCCGUGCCCCCUACACCAAUGGUGCCCUAGAUGUGCUUGCUUGGUCAUUCUCCCAGCCCUUUCUCCAUGGCUGGUCCAUUGACUGUCUCCCUCCUCUGGCCCCCCAACGACUCCCACCCCAGGGCUCGAUCUGCCAUGUCUACACUGAUGUUUCUGGAACUUCCAUGUUCUCCCGGUUAGCCCCCCUGGAUGUUCCAGGGACACCUUGGACUCACAUGUCCAGUACCGACUUUCUGUCUCACCCCAGGGCUGCAGGGCAGUUUGUGGCAAGAGGUCAGGCCCUGGGAUCAGCCUGCCCUGUAAUCCUGGCUCACUAGCUGUGGCCUUGGGAAAUCACUCGGCCUCUUUGAGCCUUGGCUUUCUCAUCUGUAAAGUGGGGAUAGUGAUGGGGAACCCGCCUCGUGGAGUUGUGGGGGCCAGCCGAGCUGAUGCAUGUGGGCGUUUAGGACACAGUGCUCCAUAACGGAGCUGUUCGGAUUGCUGCUCGUGAUGAUGCUUACAAGCGCCCCCCACCCCGUCCCAGGCAGGAGUGCUUGGCAGGUGCCCUUGCCCUUCACACCCACGGGUCAGCGUGCCUCGUCCUCUGCACCUCCGCGUUCUUGGGUACCUCGGAUGUGCCUCCCCUUCGCCUUCGCACCACCACCAUCUUCUUCCACACGACUCAGUCUUUUGUAGGUGUCCACCCAACCUGCCCUCCACCCUUCAGCCCGGAAUUUGACUUUCGUAACGUGAACCUCGUGGCCCUCUCCUGAUUCCAAUCCUUCCAUGGCUCCCCAUCCUCUCAGGGUACGGUCUGAUUUCCUGAGGGGGGCAUUUGAGACCCUCUGCCGUCCCACCCACACCUCCCUCUCCAGCCUCCCCCUGAACUCCUAGGCCUGGCGCUUGCACCGCCAGCCACACGCCCUCUCCCCAGAGUGCUCUUGUCCUUGAAGUCAGUCUCCCUUGCUCUCCCAAACUCGGGAAGGGCAGAAGAUGGCAUCUCAUUCAUCUUAGUGCCCAGGGUCCACCUCAUUAUAGAUACUGGCAAACUUGGGCACAAGGAGACGCAAACAAUGGAAGGGUCCCAGCACCCUCUGAGAGCGGGGGUUGGGCUUUCUCCUGUGAACCGCUCCACCUGCCGGCCCCCUUUUCCCGCAAGGCGGGGCUGCCCAGAUUCCCAGGCCCCGUCCUGGCCCUGUCUGCUGCUGGGAGCAGCUGAGGGCUGGCCACCCCAAGGCAAGCCUCCUGGACCAGAAUCAGGACACCUCUGUGCAGAACCCAUGGUCCUGGGCCCUCCCUCCUCCCCGGCUGAGGACUCUUGCUGUUAUGGUCACCCUUUUGUUUCCUAGGCCUUGGCCUAGCCCUUGCAGAUGCCAGGAGAGACGAGCGACCCCAGGCAAGGCUGCAGCGCACAGGGCCCCGACCCCAGGCAAGGCUGCAGCGCACAGGGCCCCCGGGGAGAGCUCCUUGCGGAGCCAGCGAGACCUGGGCUGACGUUCGGGCCUCUCCCUUGCCGGCGGUGAGGCCAGUGGUGGGCGCGUUGCCUCCCCUGCCAGAACCCUGUUUCCUCUGCUGUAAGGCGAAGGCUGGUGACAGGAAGCUAAGCAGCAGCCUCCGUGCAGGAGAGCCUGUGGGGCAGCUGGCUGCUCGGGAGAGCUGGACCUGCUGAGUCCAGCCUCUGUCGAGGACCCGCGGUGUGAUCGAGGCUGUUCACUGCCUCUCUCUGGGCCUGCAAAAUGCAGGAGUCAAAGAAGAUGCUCCUGUGGCCCCUUCGGGCUCUGCCUGUGAUUGUCUAGGAUUCCUGUGAAGGGAAGUCCAGAAAAGGGGGAAGAGAGAGUAAAGGGAGCCGCAUUUAUGAGGCCUCCACGGUGUAUGCUGUGCCCACACUGUGCUAGGUGCCUCGCGUGCAUGAGCGUGCUGGUUCCCGCUGAGGUGAGGAUUAAUAUUCCUAACUGACUGAUGAGAAGACAGGCUCAGAGAGGUGCAGUGUCUCACCUAAGGUCACACAGCGAGGAAGUGGUGGUGUGGACUCUGGAGCGCAUGUGUUUUCCUCAGGCAGUUCAGGGUAAUCUACGACCUCUGUCCCUCCCCAAGGAAGGUGCACUUGGGAGGCGUGGAAGGAUGGACCGGUGGGGCAGGGCCUGGGACUUGGUCCACACCCACACUGGCUGUGGGGGCAGAAGCAGUGCCGUUUUCCAGGGGGCUCGUGGCCACAGCAAGGCUUGAGCUCAGGUGUGCAGCGAAGCCACUUCCCUUCUCGUCUGAUCGCAGCGACCCCCUCCCAGGGGCCAUCCUUCCCACUCCCAGGGCCCUGGGCUCAGUGGUUUGCUGUCGCUCAUCUGCUCCGGACCUCAGACAGUCCCUUGUGACUGUGUCUGUAUUUCCCCCUCCCAUCCCUUUAACGGAGCUCAAGAUCCUGUAAAUGUCUUCAUUUGCUAUCAGACAUAGAAUGAGCUUUGUUUUUCCUCCUUUGCAAGUUGGGUUCCAGCCCAGGCAGCUCCCUGGAACUCAAAUAUUAUAAACAGCGAAUUAGUGAGAGCUCAUCUAGGGUGGAGCCCUCCAGGAGUCCAAGUGCUUCUCCGGAACUUCUGGCUGGUCCUCCCAACAGCCUCAGAGAGUGUCUGGAGCCAGCUCCUCCUGGAGUGCUCCCGGCCCCAGGGAACAGUGCUGGCCCUGGUGCAAGGGCACUGGCCCUUCCAAGCUGGAAGGGAGACAGGAUCUCGUGAUGGAGGACCCAGAUGGUGGCCCAGGGGUGGCAGAUGUGUCUGUGCAGGGAAAGCCUAGCCCAGCGGAUACAGCAGGACGGCGAGGAAUCUUUGAGUAUGCGGAUGGCCCCAACGCCCAGGUCAUGAAUGCCGAGGAGCACGCCUUUCGAUUUUCUGCCAACAUCAUCAACAGGAACAGGACUCUGCUGCCCAACACGACAUUGACCUAUGACAUCCAGAGGAUUCACUUCCAUGACAGCUUCGAGGCCACCAAGAAGGCCUGUGACCAGCUGGCGCUGGGCGUGGUGGCGAUCUUCGGGCCGUCGCAGGGCUCCUGCACCAAUGCCGUCCAGUCCAUCUGCAACGCCCUGGAGGUGCCGCACAUCCAGCUGCGCUGGAAGCACCACCCGCUGGACAACAAGGACACCUUCUACGUGAACCUCUACCCCGACUACGCCUCUCUCAGCCACGCCAUCCUCGACCUGGUCCAGUACCUCAAGUGGCGGUCGGCCACCGUGGUCUACGAUGACAGCACAGGGCUCAUCCGGCUGCAGGAGCUCAUCAUGGCCCCAUCGAGAUACAACAUCCGCCUGAAGAUCCGCCAGCUCCCGAUCGACUCCGAUGACUCGCGCCCCCUGCUCAAGGAGAUGAAGCGAGGCCGGGAAUUCCGCAUCAUCUUCGACUGCAGCCACACCAUGGCGGCCCAGAUCCUCAAGCAGGCCAUGGCCAUGGGCAUGAUGACCGAGUACUACCACUUCAUCUUCACCACUCUGGAUCUCUAUGCGCUAGACCUGGAGCCCUACCGCUACUCAGGGGUGAACCUGACCGGCUUCCGGAUCCUCAACGUGGACAACCCCCACGUCUCGGCCAUCGUGGAGAAGUGGUCCAUGGAGCGGCUGCAGGCAGCUCCGCGGGCAGAGUCGGGCCUGCUGGACGGAGUGAUGAUGACCGACGCCGCCUUACUGUACGACGCCGUCCACAUCGUGUCCGUGUGCUACCAGCGGGCCCCCCAGAUGACCGUGAACUCCCUGCAGUGCCAUCGGCACAAGGCCUGGCGCUUUGGCGGCCGCUUCAUGAACUUCAUAAAGGAGGCUCAAUGGGAAGGAUUAACGGGACGGAUUGUUUUCAACAAAACCAGUGGCUUGCGGACAGAUUUUGAUCUGGACAUUGUCAGCCUGAAAGAAGACGGGCUGGAGAAGGUUGGGGUGUGGAGUCCUGCCGACGGGCUCAACAUCACGGAGGUCGCCAAAGGCCGAGGCCCUAAUGUCACGGACUCUCUGACAAACAGGUCACUCAUCGUCACCACAGUGCUGGAGGAGCCCUUUGUCAUGUUCCGGAAGUCCGACAGGACCCUGUACGGGAACGACCGGUUCGAGGGCUACUGCAUCGACCUGCUGAAGGAGCUGGCCCACAUCCUGGGCUUCUCCUACGAGAUCCGCCUGGUGGAGGACGGCAAGUACGGGGCGCAGGACGACAAGGGCCAGUGGAACGGCAUGAUCAAGGAGCUCAUCGACCACAAGGCAGAUCUGGCCGUGGCGCCCCUCACCAUCACCCACGUCCGUGAGAAGGCCAUUGACUUCUCCAAGCCCUUCAUGACGCUCGGGGUGAGCAUCCUGUACCGCAAGCCCAACGGCACCAACCCCAGCGUCUUCUCCUUCCUCAACCCUCUGUCCCCAGACAUCUGGAUGUAUGUGCUCCUCGCCUACCUGGGUGUCAGCUGCGUCCUCUUUGUCAUCGCCAGGUUCAGCCCCUACGAGUGGUACGACGCUCACCCCUGCAACCCCGGCUCCGAGGUGGUAGAAAAUAACUUCACUCUGCUGAACAGCUUCUGGUUCGGAAUGGGGUCCCUGAUGCAGCAAGGGUCCGAACUGAUGCCCAAAGCUCUGUCCACGCGCAUCAUCGGCGGCAUCUGGUGGUUCUUCACGCUCAUCAUCAUCUCCUCCUACACGGCCAACCUGGCUGCCUUUCUGACCGUGGAGCGCAUGGAGUCGCCCAUCGACUCUGCCGACGACCUGGCCAAGCAAACCAAAAUCGAGUACGGGGCUGUCAAGGACGGCGCCACCAUGACCUUCUUCAAGAAAUCCAAGAUCUCCACCUUCGAGAAGAUGUGGGCCUUCAUGAGCAGCAAGCCCUCGGCGCUGGUGAAGAACAACGAGGAGGGCAUCCAGAGGACCCUGACGGCCGACUACGCGCUGCUCAUGGAGUCCACGACCAUCGAGUACGUCACCCAGAGGAACUGCAACCUCACGCAGAUCGGCGGCCUCAUCGACUCCAAGGGCUACGGCAUCGGCACACCCAUGGGCUCCCCGUACCGGGACAAGAUCACCAUUGCCAUCCUUCAGCUGCAGGAGGAGGACAAGCUGCACAUCAUGAAGGAGAAGUGGUGGCGGGGCAGCGGGUGUCCCGAGGAGGAGAACAAGGAGGCCAGUGCCCUGGGCAUCCAGAAGAUCGGGGGCAUCUUCAUCGUCCUGGCCGCCGGGCUGGUCCUGUCUGUGCUGGUGGCCGUGGGCGAGUUUGUGUACAAGCUCCGCAAAACAGCAGAGAGAGAGCAGCGAUCCUUCUGCAGCACCGUGGCCGACGAGAUCCGCUUCUCCCUCACCUGCCAGCGCCGUGUCAAGCACAAGCCACAGCCUCCCAUGAUGGUCAAGACUGACGCCGUCAUCAACAUGCACACAUUCAACGACCGCCGGCUCCCGGGCAAGGACAGCAUGGCCUGCAGCACAUCCUUGGCCCCCGUGUUCCCCUAGGCACAGGUGGGGUGGGGACCGCAGGCCCGGGGGCUGGGCGGAGGAAAGAAAGCAAAGGAGACGGGAAGGAAUGUCCCCUGCCCCACGCCGGGCUUGGGGACCAGAGCUGCUGCCUGCCUGUUGGGCCAGGGCCCUCUGCCCUUACCUGCCAGGACACCAGCAGGCCCUCAGGCCAGUUGCUUAGGCUUCAUUCUCCUCUUGUUUCUUCUAUGGGUUUCUAAAGCUGCCAGCCCAGAUAGCCAAGGCCAAAGGAAGCACAUGCCUCUCUCGGGCCAAACUCACCUGCCCCUCGCCUCUCCUCUGGACUCAGAAGUUUCUGCCACUGCCCUGCAGAGGCCACAGAAAACGGGAAACAGCUCUUCUAUUGCCAUUCUGUCCCCAAGAGCCCAGGCCUCCUAGGGGCUGGCCAUAAAGCCAGAGACGCAAGCCUUUGGUGCUUAAGGAAGUUGUAGCAUGGUUGCCAGCAGGAGCCAGCGAUGAGCGUGGCCACCCAGCUGCCUGGGCAGAAGGAAAGCGUCGUCUCUCAGCAGCUGUUCACACAGUCCUGGUCUUCUGGACAUCGCACCACCCAUGGCAGUCCCUAUCUUGGCAAAGCUGAAGAAGGGGGAAGAGAGGAGUUUGGGGUAUGAGGGAGAAGAGAACGCACAAAUAGAGGCCACCGUUUUGGAUUCUUACAGACAAUGUCCCAGUGGCCCCCAAUCCUCUAGGAGGUCUCUAGGAAUAUAAGUGGGGCAGCAGUCACGGAAAAUUCAUCUCCACUUUCUGGCCAGAGGAGAGAGGACCCCCUAAAUCUCUUGCAAAGGAUGCCCAGAGACUCAGCCGAUAUUCGAAGCCCAGCGGAAGAACAGCAGGUUGCAUGGAAAUCCCGCAGGCCCUCAAGCCGAUGGAUCUCACUUUGCUGGUUGGCGAGCUGUUUCCUAAGCCCUGCUGGCAUUCGGGAACCUGGGCUCUUCGCCAUCUACUCGUCAGCAACUCCCCGUUCCUGGUUGGUUGACCUUCACCUCCCUCUGUCUUCCUGGAAGAAGAAGAGUAGCUGAGAUUGAAGUGAAAGUCAACUCACCCCUCCUCAAAAGAGGGGUCAGUGUCCCACUGCACAGGCCAACUUGGGGGUGGGUGAGGAACGCCAGAGGGGACCCAAAGAACUCCUGGCCUCCUGGACUGGCCAAACCUUAAGAUGCUGUCCAGAAAAAAGAAAGUUUUCAGGGACAGGGUGUCACAGCUGGCAGAGGCCCCAGGGGUGGAGAGAGAGAAGCUGUUUCCUGGAGAAUUAACCAAAGACCCCACGCAGAGACACAAGACCACCCUGGCCCUCGUCUCUAGUCCAGAGCAGCCGCGACCUUGUGGGGCUUGGGGAAGACAGCAGAGAAGUGGCGGCAGGUGGGGUAUGAGCCGGGGGCUGGGCCCGAUGAUCCGGGGGUUCCAGCUUGCUGUGAUGGACGCUGUAGAGGUGUGACGUUAAGAUUCUUGGGAAAGAAUGAGACAUGAGGGUUAGGAACAAAGUGUCCUUAAAGAGAAUGCAGUGGGGCCAGCAGGCCUGCUGUGGCCGAGGACAGAGGGCCGUCUCUGAGCAGGCACAGGAGGCUGGAGACUCUGGGCAGGGAAGCGGGGACACCAGCCAGCCCCUCCCACUUCUGUCCUGUUGCUGCUGGGAGCCUGUUAGGGAAGAGGGGCGUUUAGAUCUCAAGGCCUCCUCGGCUGGGGUGGGGGAUCUCUAGCAAAGCCGGAGGCCACAGUGGCCUCAUGGUAAAUACGGUCCCUCCUCCAGGCUCGGAGCUGCCGGACCAAACCAGCCGGUUCCCAGAGUCACAGCAGCUCUGACUGGCUGUGCACGUUGGAGGCGCAGGAAGAGGGCCAGACACACAGUGCAGCCCCCACACGUAAUGACAGGAAAAGCCAUGCCGUGGUGAGCUUCAGGGUGUACGUGGGUGUGUGUCUCUGUGUGUGUGUGUGAGCCGUGGGUGCUGGGGUGAGGUCGGACCUGGACACAGGACAGUUCCGGGCACGCGGUGAUAGGUGAAUCCUCUGGGAUCUGAUGUGCACUUGUGUGUGCAUCAAGGGACGACGGAGGGAAAUCUGGGUGAACAGCAGAGCCCCACGUAUGUAAAAACAGGAGAAGCCAUGUCCUAACGGGGUUCCGGUGAAUAUGCAUGUGUGUGCACGUGUGCACAAGUGUGCAUGCUUACGUGCGUGUGUGUGUGUGCCUUUGUGCACUGAAUGGCAGAGGAUGGAAGACAGGAUAAAGCCUGCAGCUAGCCAAAUACAUGUAACAGGAGAAGCCAUGUCACCAAGGGGUCUGUGUGUGAACAUGUGUGUAAACGUGUGUGUAGGCGUGUGCACAGUGGAGAGCAGGGGGAGGCCAGGACCAGAAAGUCGUGGGACACAGGGCCAUGCAUGAUGUAGACAAGGAGCCAUGUGCAGCUGGGGCUUGUGAGUGUGUGUGCCGCACACGUAUGUUCCCGCUCACAGUGGGAGCCGAGGCAGUCGGGAAGGCAGGGCACAGGGUCUGCCGGCACUUGUGUCACGGGGAAAUCUGUCCCAGAGAUGCCCCGCCGUUGCGUGGGCAUACGCACCAGAGACUGGCCACGUGGAGGCAAAGCCCUUCAGGGACUCGUGGCUUUGCCGCAGAUGGCAUGUCCUGUUUGAAGGGAAAACUUUUGGCUUUUUUGCAAAGUCCAGGUAAGGAUUCUAAGGAGGGAACUUGCCAAGUUGCUGUCAGCAAACACAGUCAUUAACCACUGUCUCCCUCUGUCCAAUACAGUUUGGCAGCACACGCCUCGUUCGUGCGCACAUCUCGCACGUGUGUGCUUGUGUGCGUGCCACUUUGUGAGCGUGCCAUGUCCUUCCGAGGCUAUGUACAUAUGUGGAUUGUGGUGGGAGGAAGGAAAGGAAGUGGCGUAGGGUAGGAAGACUUUUCACAAAAGGAGUGAAGAACGGUGGUAAACAGAGGCACAAUUCAACUGGGAAUCCCCAGAAGUUGCCGCAUGGUCUAUAGACCCGCCGGCGGGAGCGGGACGGUGCGCCGCCCGACCUCCUGUCCCACUCGAGCCUCACUUCGGCAGGCGCGGCUGACGCUCAGCCUCCAGCUAUGUCCUGUGUUUGUGUUCGGAUUGCAGCGGGGACAGCUUCUGCCAAGUGCGAGCCGCGUCUCUCCCAGGGGCCUGGAGGCGACACUACAUCUGGGAGGUGGGAGGUGCAAGGCAGUGUUCCAGCGAGGCAGGUUGUCACAGUGAGGCCUGCCCUGCUCGCGGGUGUGGAGCUGAGCUGCACCGGGUGCACGCGUGUGGCGUGUGACGUGCACUCGUGCAGGCGCCGAGGGCUGACGGGAGGCAGGAAAGCUGGUCCGUGCGGAGCCGAAGACCCACCUGCGUGAGCAGGUGCCGCGUGUCCUUGCUAACCCCACGUGCCAGCCCUGAACACAAAAUGCCCCCACCUCACCCCAAAACACCAGCGCCUCCUCUCUCCUGGCUCAAACUGGCCACAGUGAGGGGCGGCAGUGAGAAGACACCCCACCGCCACCCCGCCGGGGCCGGGGCAUUGGGACAGCGAGCCCGCCUAAUCUCUCUCCCCUUGACCUCCUGCUGACCACUCUGCUCUGGACAGAGAAGGAAAGUCCCGAGAGUUUUGUUCAGGUGGCUCCACUCUGCAGGUGUCUGCCAAGAGUGGAAGUGUCCCCGUGGCCGAUUAGCUGGACUCUGAGUCUCUAAGGGGUGGAGGGCCGCCCCCGAUGGAAGCACACGCCUGGCUGCCCCCAGGCCCCAGGAACUAGAAGACGGGACCCUGGCCCGGGCUGGGGGAAGGGCCAGACAGGUUGGAAGCUGCCCCAUCUCUGCCAGGUACACACUCACCAAGAACGAUCAGGAGCUCCCUCCCUGCCUGCUUUUCCGGGGGUGCUGAACAGGGGGUGCAGCUGCUGCUUCAUCGCUCAGCAUGAAGUCGACCCCUCCCUGCGCCAUCCCCAGCUAUCUGCACAAACAUCCGAAAACAGGCCUCACUAUGUGGCCCACAUCUGGAACGGUCCUCUGUGAACACCCAUCUAUGAAGGGCCUAGGGGUCUGGCCAAACAGCUGUAUGGACUCAACAUCUGGGGUGGGCCCAGCCCCACGGUCAGAUGAAGAAAUGGGUCCAACUCUGAGGGCAGCUCUUGGGAUUAGACACAUCUGGAAGUCCCAGGUUGGUUGGACACAUCUGGAAUGGGCUCAGCCACUCGCCACAGUGGAAGAGCCCUGCCCUCUGUCCCCAGGCCAGUUUGAAUCAAGCCCUCCUUUCAGUCCUGGGUUUGCCCUGGACUUAAAAUGUCAGAGCUGAGGUCAUCCAUGAAGUCACAAAACUGUUUUAGGUAGAAGGUUAAUGUUCUGUACAAUAUAUAUAUGAAUGUAAAAAUAUAUAUAUAUAUACUGUAUAUAUAUAUAUAUAUAUGCACAGUGUAUAUAUGACCUGUAGCCCAUGUGUAUACAACCCUUCCCCGCACGUCUGCACACAGAGUGUACAUAACCCAGCCAGCAUGGGUGGGGACCCGGUGAGAGACGGGGGCCACAGCAGCAAAGUCUGGGACGGAGGUGGCAGGGAGCCCCUGUGGGUGGGGAAGGCCUUGCAUACGUCGGAGCCUCAGACCCUGGAGAAGAGGGCAGAGCUGCAUGGGGCUGCCGGGUGGCCUUGCACAGCCGGUGCCUCCUGGGGAAGGAGGGCAGGAGUGGCCCAGAGGCCCUGUCUCCAUCAGAGUCUGGAGCAAGACAGCCAGGCAUGUUGGAGAAGCAGCAUCAUGCUAGUACUCGGCCCCGGUGCCGAUGUUACAGUCUAGUCCCAGGGUGAUCAAUAGAGAGCAGAAGGGCUGGGAAAGAAGGGACCCCCCCCAGGCAGGCUUUCAUACCUGCCUGCAAGUUGCCAGGUAGGUGUCAGGCUCUGCCCCUAAUAUCCUGGAUGGGGGGGCGGGCAGAGGCCUCUGCCUCAGAGUGUCACCUGCACAGAGAGGUGACCACAGCCUGCUCACCCCACAGCUCUCAGCUACAUGAAGCACGUUCUAAAGAGAAUGGCGUGAGGGCAUUGCUAGCAUGAUGAUACAAUGUCCUGAUGCCCUGGGUAUUGGGCCUGCCCUUGUCCCCCAUGCCUUCUAGAACAGUGGACCUCAGAUCACUCCCCAGUUUGUCUCUAUUUUAUGGAUCAAACCCUGAGGCCUCCAGAUACAGGGAAGCAGCCAUAGACUCAGUCAAAUGUCACACCUCAGACAACCUCCCCAGCUACAUUUGACCGGAGACCAGCUGUCAGGGAGUGACCACGCAGCCAGAGAGGCGAAAGAUAAGAGGCAACAAGGCACUUCCUGUCCUGGCAUGGCCCAUGCCAUCUGUCUGCCCUUCCCUCCCCUGUGGCACCUUCCCCAGCAGGGCAGUUGGCAGAGAGCCUCCCCCGGCAGGCUGCAGACCUCUGUCCCUGUCUCGCCCGGUCCGCCUGUUCUCAGCAGUUGCAGUCCCUUGCCCCUUUCCCAGGUCUGAGCGUCUCUGGAGCAUGCAGGGGAGAAGAGCUGGGUGGCUUCCUUGCGGUCGGUGGCCAGGCGGCAGGCUGGGCUGUACGUAACUCUGGGUCUGCCCAUGGGCCCUGGCCAAGCACGUCUGAAUCCAGCCUCCCGGGGGGAGGGGGGGUCCUGUCCUGGCUCCACAGAGGCCGGCGGUUCCAGGGGCCCCCACGCCACUGUGCUUUAAGUCCCCAGCCCACCUCUGCCUGGGCCGACUUCCUGGCUGGGCCUCCCACAGGGGGACCUCAGUUCCCAGCCCCCGGCCCGAGCCCCCAGGCAGCACCGUGGGCCUCUGAGACCCUGGCCUGUCCCACUACCCAGACCAGAGUGCCUGGACGCCCCCCACUCCCGCUCAACGUGGUUCCCACACACUGGUCUCUGGGCCAUUCAGGGGAUGCCCUUUGUGGACAUGCAGAAUUUCUAUGAAUAUAGUUUUUUGUAAACAUUUUGUAACAAUUUGGGUUUCAUAGUAACUGUGUUACUUGCCAAUCAUUCUAGGCUGAUGUAAAUAAAUUUCCAAACAAAUCCAAUUAUUUUCCUUUUUAAGACACUGUGAUAUAUCAAAGUGCACAGUUUGCUGUAUGAAGUAAUAUGGUUUUAAAUUUUAAAUAAAGAAAUGUUUCUAGAAAACA